AUGAAGCUUUCCGUUGUCACACUCUUCCUCGCCGCCGAAGCCGGCAGAGCCCAGCGCAAGGAGAACAACAGGCUCGAGAACGCGCAACGAGAGGCUGCGAAUGCAGUCCUCGCCCAGAUCGCCGAGCAGAACAAGCUCGCCAAGCAGCUCGGCAAGGACGAGCCCAAAGACGCCGUCGGUGGAGUCCAAGUUGGCGGAAUCCAAGCUAGAUCCGGAGCCAUGUUUGGCGAUGAUGUUUCUGAAGGCCCACGUGGACCACGAAAGACCCCAUGGACCCCAUGCGGCGAAGGCAGCUCCGUUGACGACUCCCAGCCCGAUGUGAAGAAGCAGUCGGACUACAACCGAUGCCUCCGAUACAGGGACUACGGAUGGGACGCCGUCCGAUGCCUCAACUGGAAACACAGCGGCAAAUGGAGCGAAGCCAUGGCCGAAGGAUCUGAGUGCGCCGUCGCUUGUAACGAUAUUUUCAACUCUGACGCUCAAAUGUCCCUGGAUGACGGAUUCUGCAGUGACAAGUUCAGAAACUAA